AUGGACUGGAUCCGCGGCGACUCAAUUGGUUACGGCAGCUCCUCGACGGUGGAUUUAGCAAUUUUCCGGGGGACCCACUUCGCCCCGCCGUCGGUAAUGGCGGUGAAGUCCUGCGCCGCCGGUGACUCUGAUUUACUCAAGAACGAGAAGCUAAUCCUCGACCAAAUCGGGAAAUCUCCCCACAUCGUCCGCUGCUUAGGCGAAGAUUGCAGCUUCGAGAAGGGGCAGAGCCUCCAAAAUUUGUUCCUCGAGUACGCCUCCGGCGGCAGCCUGGCCGAUCACGUCAAGAAAUCCGGCGGGAGAUUGCCGGAAUCGACGGUCAGAAGCUACACGAGAUCGAUUCUCAAGGGUUUGGAUCAAAUCCACGGGAAGGGAUUUGUUCACUGCGAUGUAAAGCUCCAGAAUUUGUUGGUUUUCGGGGAUGGGGAAGUUAAGAUUGCGGAUUUCGGACUGGCGAAAAAAACAGGGGAGGCGGAAGAAAAACAGGGGAGGAGGGAGAAGAAAGUGGAGAUUCGUGGGACUCCUCUGUUCAUGGCGCCGGAAUCGGUCAACGAGAACGCCUACGAGCCGCCGUGCGAUAUCUGGGCUCUGGGAUGCGCCGUCGCCGAGAUGCUGACGGGGAAGCCGGCGUGGAAUUACAAGCCCGGGACGAACAUCUUCUCGUUCUUGAUGCGAAUCGGGGCCGGCGACGAGUCGCCGGCGGUCCCGGAGGAAUCGUCGGCGGAAUUGAAGGAUUUCCUGUCCAAUUGCUUCGUGAAGGAUCCGGCGGCGAGAUGGACCGCCGCGAUGCUUCUUGAACAUCCGUUCCUUAGCGCCGACGAAAUUGGAAACGACGCCGUUUGCUGUUCGGGAGAGGAAUUUCCAUCGGUGUCCCCGCGGUGCCCGUUCGAUUUCCCCGAGUGGGUGUCGCCGUCGGUCCAAUCGUCACCGGCCCGAUCGGAAUUCGAAUCGAACCCAUUCGAUUCGUUCUCGAGCUGCUCGACCGCCUUGCCGGCGGAAAGAAUCCGGCAGCUGGCCGGCGGCGAGCAGCAGGAGAUGUUGAGUUGGGGGGAUUCAGAGAGCUGGCUGGUAGUGAGGUGA